AUGGGAAAUUGUUAAGGAUAAUGUUAUUAAAAGAGUCUUAGUUAAACUAAUAGCGUAGAUUGUGGAAAACUAAUGAUUCUAGUUAAAACUUGGUAAAAGGAAGCAUUUUCAUUAUUUGAUUAUGAGAAUGCUGCUAAUGUCUAGGAAUAAAAAUUUACAGUAUAAUAGAAUGAAUUACAAUUUUAGAUAAAUAGUGAAGGAUAUUUAAGAGGUCGUAAUUAAAUAGAAUGGAUAGAGAAUGAUUCAAUAAUAAAGGAUGAGGUUUGUAAAAUAAAAAAAAAAAAUGAAAACUAUUUUAUAGUAAACCCAAAUUUUCAAAAUGUUGAUAAGAUGUAAGUGAUAUAAGAAAAAGAGGAAUUUCAUACAUUAGUAAAUAAGUUAAAAUAAUAAAUAUUUUAAGAACUGUUUCAGAUAAUAUUGGAAAUAAGAUUUGGAAAGUAAUACAUGAAAAUGGAAUACUUUUAGAAGAAGGAGAUGUUAUAAAAUUAGGAAGAGUGAAAUUUACAAUACGUUAAAUAGCAUUAGAUAUAAAAUCAUAGGAGUAGAGAUCUGAGUGUGAAUCAUCAUUAUCAAAUGAAUCAGAAUAAAUAAUGUGUAGAAUUUGUUGUUCUUCUCAGAAAAGUCUUAAAAACCCAUUAUUGAAUCCAUGUAAAUGCUGUGGAUCAAUUAAAUAUAUUCAUUUGGAAUGCUUAAAAACUUGGUUAAGAAUGAAGUUAGAAAAUCGAUAAAGUGAAAAUUGUAUAGUUUAUUUAUGGAAGAAUUUGGAAUGUGAAUUGUGUAAAUUUAAUUAUCCUCCAAAAUUCAAAAGUGAUGAUGCUUAUUAUGAUUUAAUAGAGUUAAGCAAACCAAAUGAUUACCCUUAUUUGAUGAUGGAAUUCACAAAUAAAUAAGUAUGAUUUAUAUAUCUUAUAUUAAGGGAUAAUAAUUGGAAUGUAAUAAAAGCUCAGGAAUAUACAUUUUGAAGUUUUCAAAUGUUUUAGAAUUAAAGGUUGGAAGAUCAAAUGAGACUGACAUAAGAGUAAAUGAUAUAUCUGUCAGUCGAAAUCAUGCUAGAUUUUAGGUUCAAGAUAAAAAAGUUUAUCUUUUUGAUAAUCAUUCUAAAUUUGGAACCUUACAUUUAAUCAGAUCUGAAAAAAUAUAAAUUUAAAGAGGAAUGGAAAUUUAAGUGGGAAGAAGUCUCAUUUCAUUUUAAUGA